AUGGAGGGACCUAUAUCCCUCCUCGCCGGCCUCAAUUGCAGGGGCAACACCCAUCUCAUCAUCGGCACGAACCCUCUCGCGGCCUCCCGCUGCACACAGUCCCUGAACGCAGGCGCCCGUCCCAUCAUCGUGGCGCCUGCCGAUGUAGAAGUACACUACAGCCUGCAAAAGAGAAUCGACGACGGCGAGGUGAAGUGGCAGCAAAAGGCUUUCGAAGAUGCUGAUCUUUUCACUCUUGGUCGUGAAGAAGUCGGCAAUGUCGUCGACGGUGUCUUCGUAACAUCUGGACCCCACGACCCCCAAAGUCAGCACAUCUCAGAGGUUUGCAAGCGCAACCGCAUCCCCGUCAACGUCGUUGACGCGCCGCAGCUCUGCACCUUCACUCUCCUCUCCACACACACAGACGGCCCUCUGCAAAUAGGAAUCACCACCAACGGCCGCGGGUGCAAGCUCGCCUCGCGCAUCCGCCGCGAGAUCGCCGCCUCCCUCCCCGCAAACCUCGGUGCCGCAUGCGCCAGGCUGGGUGAGGUCCGCAGAAGGGUCCAGCAGGAGUCUGCCCUCGCCGGUGGCGACCUCGAGGAAGAGGGCGGCCAGGGCGCAAACUUCAACCGCCUCGUCCUCGAGGGCGCCCAGGACGAGGCCAAGACGAGACGGAUGCGAUGGCUGAGCCAGGUCUGCGAGUACUGGCCGCUGCGCCGACUCGCCAGCAUCGGCGACGACGACGUCGAAGCCAUCUUCAAGUCCUACCCUGGCACUCGCGAGAAGGGAACCGACACCAUCGACAGCCUCGCCAGCGGGCCCGGCCCCAACCCCGACUCUCUUCCAUCGAAGCAGGGCAAGAUCAUCCUCGCGGGCAGCGGGCCAGGCCACCCGGACCUCCUCACCCAGGCCACCCACAAGGCCAUCCUGGCCGCCGACCUCGUCCUGGCCGACAAGCUGGUCCCCGCCGGCGUCCUCGACCUGAUCCCCCGCCGCACCCGCGUCCACAUCGCCCGCAAGUUCCCCGGCAACGCCGACCUCGCCCAGCAGGAACUGCUCGACAUGGCCCUCGCCGGCUACCGCCAGGGCCAGACCGUCCUGCGCCUCAAGCAGGGCGACCCCUACGUCUACGGCCGCGGCGGCGAGGAGGUCCAGUUCUUCCGCGACCAGGGCAUCGCCUCCCCCUCCUCCGUCAUCGUCCUCCCGGGCAUCACCAGCGCCCUCAGCGCCCCGCUCUUCGCCGCCAUCCCCGCCACCCAGCGCGACGUCUCCGACCAGGUCCUCAUCUGCACCGGCACGGGCAAGAAGGGCAAGGCCCCGUCCCCGCCCGAGUUCGUCGCCACCCGGACCGUCGUCUUCCUCAUGGCCCUCCACCGCAUCGUCGGGCUCGUGCGGGAGCUGACGGCUCACGUCGAGGAUGAGACCCAAGAGGCGCCGGCAGCAGAAGACGAAGAGAAGAAGGCCAAGUCCCAGCGGACGCUGUGGCCGCUGAGCACGCCCUGUGCCGUCAUCGAGAGGGCCAGCUGCCCCGACCAGCGGGUGAUCAGGACGACGCUGAGGCAUGUCGCGGAAGCGAUCGAGACCGAGGGCAGCCGGCCCCCGGGGCUUCUGGUUGUGGGAAAGUCAUGUGACGUCCUGUACCAGCAGGAAAGGGGCAGGGCCUGGGCCGUCGAGGAAGGCUUUAGGGGUCUGGAGGUUGACGACUUGGGUGUCAGCGAGCUAGCCAAGCUGGCAGCGUGA